UUUCAUCCAUUUAUACAUUACCUUUUGGUAUCUCACCUGUUAAUACCUUACUUUUAGUUAUUUCUACUACUUAGUUUAGCUAGCUAGCUAUGUAUUGUUACUUUUAGGACUGAGUGAAAAUGGCAGAGGGGUCCAGAGACCAGGCAGGCGUGGGAACCACUGAUCCUGAGGAGGACUCCCCCAACAUGAUUGUCUACAGAAAAAUUGAAGACAUAGUUACGCGAAUCCAAGAUGAGAAGGCAGGCGGUGUGGCCAUCCGGACUGUCAAAAGCUUCCUCUCCAAGAUCCCCAGUGUAGUAUCAGGGGCGGAAAUUGUUCAGUGGCUGAUGAAAAACCUCUCCAUUGAGGAUCCAGCUGAAGCCAUCCACCUUGGGAGUCUGAUCGCUGCCCAUGGCUACAUCUUCCCCAUCUCUGACCACGUCCUGACACUUAAAGAUGAUGGAACCCUUUAUCGCUUUCAGUCUCCAUACUUCUGGCCUUCAAACUGUUGGGAGCCUGAGAACACAGACUAUGCCAUUUACCUGUGCAAGCGCACCAUGCAGAAUAAGGCCAGGCUCGAGCUAGCUGACUAUGAAGCUGAGAACCUCGCCCGGCUGCAGAGGGCUUUCGCCAGGAAGUGGGAGUUUAUCUUUAUGCAAGCUGAGGCUCAAGUCAAAUAUUUCCAAGGUGUGCGCUCUGUAUCUGAGUGGCCCGUUUCCACUGUCCACAGGAUCGACAGGAAGAAAGACAAGGCAGAGAGGAAGAUCCUGGACAGCCAGGAGAGGGCAUUCUGGGACGUCCAUCGUCCAGUGCCAGGCUGUGUCAACACCACAGAGAUGGACAUCCGCAAGUGCCGAAGAGAGAAGAACCCACACAGGGUAAAAAAGUCGGUCUAUGGGGUACCAGAUGACGGCCAGAGCCAGCCGAGUCCCAUCCACAUCAGCUCCCAGCCGACCAGGAAGCCCACAAAAGAGGACGUGCAGAAGGAGAUUACCUUCUUGAACGUCCAGCUGGACAGACACUGCAUGAAGGUUUCCAAAGUGGCCGACAGUCUGAUGAGCUACGCGGAGCAGUUCAUGGAAUAUGACCCCUUUGUGUCUGCCGCAGAGCCCUCCAACCCUUGGCUCAGCGACGACUCUUCCUUCUGGGACUUGGAGGCAAGUCGUGACCCCAGCCAGCAGCGUGUGAAGAAAUGGGGCUUCUCUCUGGAGGAGGCACUGAAAGAUCCUGCAGGACGAGACCAGUUCCUGAAGUUUCUGGAGUCAGAGUUCAGCUCAGAGAACCUGCGGUUCUGGUUAGCAGUGCAGGACCUGAAGCGGCGGCCGCUUCAGGAAGUGCCCUCCAGGGCGCAGGAGAUCUGGCAGGAGUUUCUGGCUGAGGGAGCACCAAGCUCCAUCAACCUGGACUCUCACAGCUACGAGCGCACCAGCCAGAAUCUCAAAGACCCUGGACGAUACAGCUACGAGGAUGCUCAGGAGCACAUAUUCAAGCUAAUGAAAAGUGACAGCUAUGCACGCUUUUUGCGAUCCAACAUCUACCAAGACCUCCUGUUAGCCAGAAAGAAGCAGCCAGCAGACACUGAACAGGGCCGCCGCACCUCCUUGGAGAAGUUCACCCGCAGUGUGGGCAAGUCAUUGACGGGAAAGCGGCUGACAGGCCUGAUGCAGUCAUCCUGACACAGCCUGUCCUGGAGGGGCACUGCCGGACCCUGUUGGAGGGGUGACCGCCACACGGGGGCCGGGGCAGGGGGACAGACAGUGGAGUUGGGCUGGACAGGGCUGCUGCGGAGGCUCUCAGACACUGCUCCGAGGACUGCUGCCAUACUGGUAGUGCAGCACUGGGCCUGCUGGUGUGAACGACCCAAACAGAACUACUGAGGAAAAGACAAUUCUGACAAGGGGAACCUCAACCAACACAACACAUGGCAUGCAGCAUACAGUACAAGCACAUUCAGAGUAGGGCUGCCCUCUUUUCAACACUUUGUUUUAUAGAUGUGUCCAUUUUGUUUUAUAGACGUGUCCAUUGGAUAGUUAAACAUAUAUCAGUUAUUAUAACAAAAUUAUUUGAGAAAAAAUAUAUUUUCUGCAAUAUUUGCAAUGAACUGAUUGGUUUAGCAUUGGUUAACAGCUGGGGCCAGUCAAAUUUGCUGAAAAAGGUCAAAGAGGCACAUCAACACAGACACAAAUCUACAAUCUUUUUUGCAUAUGUCUCUAUAAUCACAAGGGAGUCAGCAAUAAAUAAAGUGUGAGACCACUUUUUUUGAAAUAUAUCCAACCUCUUUUUAUAUCCAUUUCUAUUAUAUCUGUUCCUUAUAAAGCACAUGACAUGUCAGUUAAAUAGUUUUGGCACUAGUCAAAAAUACAAAGUUGCCCCCCCCCACCCUACCCCACAUAGGUGACCUUGAAUAACAAUGUUUCCAUGCUUCAUUACAUUCCAAAAUCUGGCAUAAGGGCUUAAUGUAGCAUUCACACUGCACCGUUGCACGUGUCAUCCAAAUGUCUUUGCUGAGGAUUAAUUUUGUUUCCACAACAGUGCUUUGUAAUGGGGUGAAUUUAAUCCAGUUGGCAAAUUGGUUCACUGCUUUCACAACUUCCAGGCUUCAAGUUCCAAAAUGUUAAGGCUGCACAGUCAAAUUAGUAAAUUCCAAAAGUCUGUGAAUAACUGGAAAGCAUCAAUACAAACAUGGCACAUAUGGCUGUUUACUCAGAGUUCUAGUGUGCAUAUAGCAUCCACUUGCUUUCUGGGCUCCUACUAUAGUGUAGUUUUUAAAUUUUCCAGUGCCACAGGUCCAUCUAGUGGUGGUUAAACCACAGGACCAGCAACAGAGUGUUAAAAGACUGUGUUAAACUGUGUUCGCAUCAUUUCGAAGGACAUGAUGUCAAAACUAGUUGUUCUCCGAUCGUGGAGAUAUUUCAAGGUCUGCAGCCCAAUAUGGGAUCAUUUAUGUUUUGUUUCUUUUUUAAUGCAUGAAUAUAUCAUCUUUUGUUUUCUCAAAGCAAUGAAACCUGCCCUCUUUUGUUUGGCAAAAUGUAUGCCGUGACUCCCCACCUUAUAAUCUUCAUGUGUUUUAAUGACUAUGGGGAAAAUGGUGCAUGUUAUGUGACCAUAAUGGAGUUUUAACUUCUGGGACAGAUGGUUUGACUCUCCAAAGACGGCGCACAGAUGGGGAAAAGCCCUGAACUGCAGCAGCAAAACUCAGUGAACGGACAUCAAAGCCCUGACAUGCAACUGGGAACAAUAUUUGUCAUGGCUGCCGCACACUGAACAUGGAGGCCUCUGUGCUCCACUGUGGCUUCGAACUUCUUCUGGAAACAGAAAGUGCUUGGACUGAGGAGAUUUGUCUCAGCUCCCCCAUGAGGCCAGUGACUGCUACAUUGACAGACUGCUGAAUGAGUCAUCGUCCAUUAUUUUCUAUUACAGUCAUUGCAAUGCACUGUACAGGUCAUAUUAAUAAUUAUCAUUAUUAUCAUAAACCAAUAACCUCUUGAUUAUAAGGUAGAGAGAGAUGCUUAACUCGAGUCGAUGUACCAAAUGUUAUUCUCAGCACAAACUAUGACACUAUGUACAGGGUGCAUUGUAGAUGUAAAUUGGCUAAAUUCCAUUAUCCAAAAGCACACUUUAUUAUUAUAUGGGCACAUUACUAUGCAUGUAACAUAUUCAGGGCGUUGUGUGCUUUUAGUUUCUCAAUCAGUAAGAUAACUACUGGCACUCCAAAACACUCAAGCACCUGCUAUCUACUCAUGGGUACCAAAUAAUAAAAACUCUGGACCUGUC